CUCUCUCUCUCUCUUUCUCUCUGAUGUCGAGCCCUUCUGAGACACCGACGUCAAAGCGGAAGAAACACUCUCCCAGCAAGGAUCCCGCCGAGAAGCGACGGAAGAGCUCCUCAAAACCGUCGGGGAUAGCGUCACCAGAGGAGAGGAAGAGCAUUCCGUUCAAACGGGUCUUCUCCGAAGAGGAUGAGAUCCAACUCCUUAAAGCCUUCCUCGAAAUCAGCAAGACGGCUAAAGCCUCUGAAUCUCCUGCAUCCGUGGCCACUAUACUCUUCGAUCGCGUUAAGGACUCCCUGAGUUCUGAAUUUAGCCGGACUCAGCUGAUCGACAAGCUCCGUAAGUUGCGACUGAAGUACAGUAAACAAGUGGAGAACAUGUCAUUCAUCAAGACCCCUCAUGAAAGGGACCUUUUUGAGAUUUCUCACAGGAUCUGGGGCGAGGAACCGGAGAAGGAACAGGAACAUGCAGAAUAUUCUGCGGAGGGGGAGGAGGAGGAUAAGGAAGAGGAGGAGGAGGAGGAUAAGGAAGAGGAGGAGGAGGAGGAGGAGCUACCAAGAGAGGUUACUCGUAAAGAGAAGGCGAAAUCGAAAACCCUAAAAAAGGGGAAGGAGAAGCCGAAAAGAAAAGUUCUUACUACGCCAAUUGAAAAUGGAGAAGCAGUGGUGGCUGAAGAACCGGCUGAAAAGGGACUGACCGUCGGGAAUGAUGAGCAGACCAAAAAUGGGGAAACCGUUCAGGAUACUAAAGUAAGCUUGAGGAAAUUUCCAUAUGUGGUUGAAGAGAUGCUUCGCCUGCCCGGGAACGCAAUGGUGAGAGAAGGUUUGCGGUGUGUGGACGCGUCGCUUGUGAAGCGUAUGAACGAGGAGUGGCGGUUGCAGCAGAUAGCAGAAGCUGAAGUUCUGGCUAAGCGAGCUGAGUUAAUUCGGCUGCACAGUAAGCGGAUUUUGGAGGCUAUUGUCUCUUCUUCGCCCGAGUGAUGUAUCGACCAGUGAAAUUGGGCAAGUUUGUUUUUUGGUAAAGUCUAUCUCGAAAUGUCUUUUAUCCGCGUUAUUGUACAUGGAAACAUAGCCUUUUCUGUAAUUCCCAUUAGGAGCGUGCGGUUCAUCUGAUUGCUAAUCUAUUUAUUAGUGUUGUAGCGUUUCCCCAGUUUUUCUUAGUUUCUUAUAUUCAGUGAGUAAACUAGACUGAAAUUUUGACAUCUUGAUAGUAGUUACGAGCUAUUUUUUUUUUUU